GCCCAGUAGGGAAAUGCUUGCAGCUGCCUUGAGAAGCAAGUCUGGUGGCCGCAGUGAGACAGAAGCAUAAUCAUGAGGCAAGACUGAGCUGCCGCCUCCCACCUGCCUGGUCAGAGAGAGGGCGAGAACACCAGGGACCACCCGAUGAGCCAGCAACAGUGGUCCUGCCCCGGAUUCAAGAAGCUGUGAAUUCCAGCAUGUCACACCCUGGCCUGAGAAGAUCGUGUAUUCUUUAAAACGAGUUAUGAAAAGAAAGAAGCUGGUCAGCCGACUAAGACGGGAGUCAUCUUUUUCAAGAUCCAGAGCUCCAGCAUUCCUUGGCGCCACAGAGCGGAGUACCUGGGAAAAUGUGGGGAACGAAUCUUAUGGCAAGGGCCUUAUAUGACAAUGUCCCUGAGUGUGCUGAGGAGCUGGCCUUCCGCAAGGGAGACAUCCUGACUGUCAUAGAGCAGAACACAGGAGGACUGGAAGGAUGGUGGCUCUGCUCCUUACACGGUCGACAAGGCAUUGUCCCUGGCAAUCGGGUGAAGCUUCUGAUUGGCCCCAUUCAGGAGACCCCCUCCAGUCAGGACCAGCCUACUUCUGGACUAAUGCACCAGACCUUUGGCCAACAGAAGCUCUAUCAAGUGCCAAACCCACACGGUGCUCCUCGAGACACCAUCUACCAAGUGCCACCUUCCUACCAACAUCAGGGAAUUUACCAGGUCCCCACUAGCCACGGUACCCAGGAACAGGAUGUGUAUCAAGUACCACCAUCAGUGCAGAGAAGCAUUGGGGGAGCCAACGGGCCCCACUUAAGCAAAAAGGUAAUAACCCCCGUGAGGACGGGCCAGGGCUACGUGUAUGAGUACCCAGCCAGAUACCAAAAGGACAUCUACGACAUCCCUCCUUCCCACGCCACGCAAGGGGUGUACGAUAUCCCUCCAUCAUCAGUGAAAGGCCCCGUGUUUUCAGUUCCAGUCGGAGAGAUAAAACCUCAAGGCGUCUAUGACAUCCCUCCUACCAAAGGGGUAUAUGCCAUCCCACCCUCUGCUUGCCGGGAUGAGGCGGGGCUUAGGGAAAAAGAGUAUGAUUUCCCCCCUCCAGUGAGACAAGCUGUGAGGCCAGACGUCAGACCCGAGGGCGUCUACGACAUCCCCCCAACCAGCACCAAGCCGAUGGGGAAGGACCUUCACGUAAAAUACAGCUGUGAUGCUCCAGGAACCACGGAUCUGGCGACACGGAGACCCCAAAACGUCUUGCUGAACCACCUGCCCUCACAGCUGGGACAGUCCCUGGGCGCCCAGAAUGAUGCCUACGACGUCCCCCGAGGGGUUCAAUUCCUGGAGCCGCCGGCAGAAACCAGUGAGAAAGCAAACCCCGAAGAGAGAGAUGGUGUUUACGACGUCCCUCUGCACAACGCCCCGGACACCAAAGGCUCUCAGGAUGUGGUGGAUGGUAUCAACCGGUUGUCCUUCUCCAGCACGGGCAGCACCAGGAGCAACAUGUCCACAUCUUCCACCACCUCCAAGGAGUCCUCCUUGUCGACCUCCCCGUCUCCGGACAAAAGGCUCUUGCUGGAUCCGGACACGGCCAUCGAGCGGCUGCACCGGCUCCAGCAGAGCCUGGAGAUGGGCGUGUCCAGCCUCAUGGCACUGGUGACCACGGACUGGCGGUGUUACGGAUACAUGGAGCGCCACGUCAACGAGAUCCGCACCUCCGUGGACAGGGUGGAGGUGUCCGUGAGGGACUACCUCCACUUUGCCAAGGGAGCCGCCGCCAAUGCGUCCUGCCUCCCCGAACUCCUCCUGCAGAACAAAAUGAAGCGGGAGCUCCAGAGAGUGGAAGACUCCCACCAGAUCCUGAGCCAGACCAGCCAUGACUUGAACGAGUGCAGCUGGUCCCUGAACAUUCUGGCCAUCAACAAGCCGCAGAACAAGUGGGACGACCUGGACCGCUUCGUGAUGGUGGCGAAGACCGUGCCGGAUGACGCCAAACAGCUCACCACAACCAUCAACACCAACGCAGAGGCCCUCUUCCGGCCGGGCCCCGGCGGCUCACACGCCAAGAGCGGCUCCGAGAACAUCACGAACUCCACGGAGUACCCGCACGCGGCGUCCCAGGUGCAGCUGCUGCUGCCUCCCGGGGACCCCAAGGCCCAAGCCCUCACCAAGCCACUACCCCCGAGCCUGGGCAAGGACCAGGCCCCCGACUGCAGCAGCAGCGACAGCUCCGAGAGGAGCUGGAUGGACGAUUACGACUACGUCCACCUGCAGGGGAAGGAGGAGUUUGAGAGGCAACAGAAAGAGCUGCUGGAAAAAGAAAAUAUCAUCAAACAGAACAAGAUGCAGCUGGAGCAUCAUCAGCUAAGUCAGUUCCAGUUGUUGGAACAAGAAAUCACCAAGCCCGUGGAGAACGACAUCUCCAAGUGGAAGCCUUCUCAGAGCCUCCCGACCACAAACAGCAGCGUGGGCGCUCAGGAUCGGCAGCUGCUCUGCUUCUACUACGACCAGUGCGAGACCCAUUACAUCUCCCUCCUCAACGCCAUCGACGCCCUCUUCAGCUGCGUCAGCUCGGCGCAGCCGCCGCGCAUCUUCGUGGCCCACAGUAAGUUUGUCAUCCUGAGCGCACACAAACUGGUGUUCAUUGGGGACACGCUGACAAGGCAGGUUGCUGCCCAGGACAUUCGCAACAAAGUGAUGAACUCCAGCAACCAGCUCUGUGAGCAGCUCAAGGCGAUCGUGAUGGCAACCAAGAUGGCGGCCCUCCAUUACCCGAGCACCACGGCCCUCCAGGAGAUGGUGCACCAAGUGACGGACCUGUCCCGAAACGCCCAGCUCUUCAAGCGUUCUUUGCUGGAGAUGGCCACCUUCUGAGAGGAGAAGGAUGGAGAGGGGGACUGAGUGCGCUUCUAACGAAAACUGGAAAUGCUAUCUGGUUUUUUGUAAAUGUUAUCUAUUUUUGUAGAUAAUUUUAUAUGAAAAUGAAAUAUUUUAACAUUUUAUGGGUUAGACAACAUUCAGAAAUUCAGGGAGCUAGAGGGGGAUUUUUUUUUUUUCCCUGUGUGGUUCUUAUGUAAACACAGAAGCAUCUAAGGCCUAAACUGUACAGAAACUGGUUCACGUGCGUGUGUAUGCCUGUGUAUUCAUGUUCGUUUGUAGAGGUUUGUCCAAUACAUUCCAUUAGAAAACAUGAAUGAAGAAGCACCUUAGUAAGCAUGUCCUAAUGCUGCAUUUUUUUCCUUAUUUUUUUUUUAUUUUAGAAAACAUACCAGCUAGUUGUAAUACUGCUCUACAUAUACUAGCGAUUAUUCUGAGCCUGUCAUGUCCAAGUGUGGGAAGCACAGUAUACGUGAAAGUGUUCACCUUCCAAUAACGAGGCAUGGCAUGACUUGUUCUUGUUUGGACACCCCUUUCAAAAUUGACCAUCUUUGGCCCAUUGUGGCAAAAUGCCUCACUUCUGGUUGAAAACGCCCUUUUAAAAAUGAAAGAAGAUUCAGGAAGUAUACGUUAACCCAAGCACCUGUAUUUUAGAAGUAUGUGGAGGCCAAAUCCUUGGUUAGGGCUGGGUUGUUUGAACACAGAACAUCACGAUAAAAAGAAAGCAAAUGUUUUCCCCGGGACUUUUUGAUCAUCCACAUUUAUGAGUGACUUGGCCAUGAAGUUUUCCAAAGGGUGUUUUUAGAUUUGCAAAAAACAAAUUAUUUGCAGCAGGAAUCCAUAAAGACACAUCAGACUACAACUGUCCACAAAAAGAAGAGAUGGUUCCACCUGCCAGUUAUAAGUAGAGACCCUUCUGACUCUCAACUCUUAGGUGCUACUGCCUCCAUUACCUGAGAAAAACUGACCUGUUCCUGAGUCAUUUAAAGGUUAGAGCCACCAGGCUAUAUCCUAUUCUAAAGGAAUUCACUAUUUGAUCUUGCAACCUCCUUAAAACAUGCAGCUGCUGACCCGACACUCAGCCCGUCCAGUCUCUACAAUUCUAUUUGGCCUUGAUCCUGUGUAUACAGCCCACUGCCAUCUUCCAGCUCAUCACAGCACCCAUUCCAUAGUCUGUCCCAUUACACCUGCUGGUGUUGGCACAGUAAAGACACCCACGAGCCAUCUGACUGGCCUUGGGUCAAAUGAGACACUUCCUACCUAGUAGGUAAAUGUAUUCGCAUAUUAACAAGUCAGUAAGCAUGUUAUCCAUAGGCCUUCAGCCCAGUUCUUAUUUGAUGGUUCUAAACUAGACCAUUCGAAAACAUUUUUAUUUGCCAUGUAUGCCUUGACUUAAUAAAGCUUACUUGUUUUAAACAACCAAAUCAUUGGAACAGGAAAGGAUUUAAGAGAGAAGAAUGUGUGAUCUAAGUAUGAGGGGAAAAUUCAGCAAAACAUCACAGAAGGUGCUUUUCAAAAAAACCGUAUCGUAGUUCUCCAAGCUCAGUUCUGUCAAGAGAUGAUUAAAAGUUGUAUUGUUUCAUGACGAGUAAGCGUGUGGGGAGAAAGGAGACUGCUAAAAACCAACUCAGUAGAAGUUGAAAGGUGCCCCUAUAGAGUUCAUUGUAUAGUGUGUUUCUUAGGAGAUGACAGACUUGUUUUAAGCUAAGUGGCGACCUUUCACGUUUUUAAAACCAAAAUUUCAAUCUGUAUUGCUCUCUUCCCCAUCUUGUAUAUAAAGGCUAUUUUUUAAAUCAUUAAAUUUUUUGAUCUCAA